UUCGAGCAGACGAAGCAAACAAAAGCGCGCGAAAAAGUAACGAACUAAGUCUUUUUUUUUUCUUUUCUCUUCGACUCGAUACAGAGAAGAGGCCAUGGCGAUCGAAUGCCUCAUCCUUGGUGCUGGGCAGGAGGUAGGGAAAAGCUGCGUGGUAGUGUCAAUCAACGGCAAAAGGAUAAUGUUCGAUUGUGGGAUGCACAUGGGCUAUGAUGAUCACCGUCGUUAUCCCGAUUUUUCUCUUAUCUCUAAGUCCAGAGAUUUUGAUGGCGCGCUUGAUUGUGUUAUAAUUACACACUUUCAUUUGGACCAUAUCGGUGCUCUUCCUUACUUCACCGAAGUUUGUGGUUAUCAUGGACCAAUUUACAUGACGUAUCCAACAAAGGCAUUGGCUCCUUUGAUGUUGGAGGAUUAUCGAAAAGUAAUGGUUGAUAGAAGGGGGGAGGAAGAGCAAUUUACUUCUGAUCAUAUUUCAGCAUGCAUGAAGAAAGUCAUAGCUGUGGACCUGAAGCAGAGUGUGCAGGUUGAUAAAGAUCUUCAGAUCCGUGCCUACUAUGCAGGUCAUGUUCUUGGAGCGGCAAUGUUUUAUGCAAAGGUGGGAGACUCUGCUAUGGUGUACACAGGAGACUAUAAUAUGACCCCAGAUAGACAUCUUGGAGCAGCUCAAAUUGACCGUCUGGAACUGGACCUUCUCAUAACAGAGUCCACAUAUGCAACGACUAUACGUGAUUCAAAAUAUGCUCGGAAGAGGGAAUUUCUUAAAGUUGUUCAUAAAUGUGUUGCUGGUGGUGGAAAGGUGCUUAUCCCUACCUUUGCGCUUGGAAGAGCUCAGGAACUUUGUAUAUUGUUGGAUGAUUACUGGGAGCGCUUGAAUCUAAAGGUUCCUAUAUACUUCUCUGCAGGUUUGACAAUUCAAGCCAAUAUGUACUACAAAAUGCUUAUUGGCUGGACCAGUCAGAAGGUCAAAGAGACGUACAGUACACACAAUCCGUUUGAUUUUAAAAAUGUUUAUAAUUUUGACCGCUCUCUGAUAGAUGCUCCUGGACCUUGCGUUCUCUUUGCCACACCUGGAAUGAUUAGUGGUGGUUUUUCACUGGAGGUUUUUAAGCAUUGGGCUCCUUCUGAGAGGAAUCUGGUGACAUUGCCCGGAUAUUGUGUGGCUGGAACCAUAGGACACAAGUUGAUGUCUGGUAAACCCACUAAAAUUAAUUUGGACAAGGACACUGAGGUUGAUGUGCGAUGCCAGAUUCAUCAAUUGUCUUUCAGCCCUCAUACGGAUGCCAAGGGGAUUAUGGAUCUUGUUAAAUUUCUCUCUCCUAAGAGUGUGAUACUAGUACAUGGUGAGAAGCCUAAGAUGGCUUCUCUUAAAGAAAGAAUUGAGUCUGAAAUGGGAAUCCAAUGUUAUGUUCCUGCUAAUUCUGACACUGUGUGCAUUCCUUCCAGUGUCUUUGUUAAAGCAGGUGCCUCAGAAAUGUUUAUCCGCAGUUGCUUGAGCCCUAAUUUCAAAUUUUUAAACAGAAGUUCUGAAGAUACAUCAGAUUUAAUUUUACAUAGCACAAAUAGCACAUCUCAGCUUCAGGUAACUGAUGAAAGGGUUACCAAUGGAAUCUUGGUUAUGGAAAAAUGCAAGAAGGCAAGAGUUGUGCAUCAAGAUGAGCUGCUGCUCAUGUUGGGAAAAAAACAACAUGACAUUCGGUUUGCUUAUUGUUGUCCUGUAUAUGUUGAAAACUUGGAUGUGGCCAGAAGAGAACUUACCACAGCACAUGAAUACUUGACCUCUCUGAGAAAUGCUGUUGGCUUCAGCAAUUAUUCACAGAAUUAACUACUGAUUUUCCUGGAAAUAAUAAAAAAAAAAAAAACUUUCAUCAUCUCUCUCUCUCUGUUUUGUUUUUUAUCCAUCUUUGCUUUCUCUCCUCCAAUGUCAACGCAACCCACCGUCACGUCAGCCGCAUCGGCGGAGAGUGGCUCUCGCGCGCCUUUGCUUCUUCCCCGUCAAGAACCCCCUUCCUCCCCUACUGUUCGCCCAACCUCCCUCGCUUUUCUUCUCGGCCGCGCCACUGGUCGACGUGGCCCUUCCAUGUUAGUAAGGGAGACGGCUGCACGUGAGCUGGAAGAACGACGCGCCGAUUGGGGGUACUCGAAGCCUGUGGUGGCCUUGGACAUGCUGUGGAACACGGCGUUUGUAGUGGUUUCGAUAACUAUGCUGAUACUGACUGCGGACGAGAAGCCGAAUACUCCGGUAAGGAUUUGGAUCUGUGGAUAUGCGCUGCAGUGCCUGGUGCAUGUGGUUUUGGUGUGGUUGGAGUAUAGGAGAAGGAAUAGUCGGACAGGGAGAGAUGAAAUGAGGCGGCAGCGGCAGCAAGAAACUGAAGAAGGAAAUGUUGAUAGUGAAGAUGAGGAUAGUAGUGAUAGGGGUUCGGGUUCCUUUUCUAGCCGGUCAAGUGUCACUAAACGAUGUGAAUCAGUGAACACGAUGGCAUCAUUUCUAUGGUGGAUAGUUGGCUUUUAUUGGGUAGUUUCUGGCGGGGACUUACUUUUGCAAAAUGCUCCCCGCUUAUACUGGCUGGCUGUGGUUUUUCUGGCAUUUGAUGUGUUCUUUGCGAUCUUUUGUGUUGUUUUGGCAUGUUUGAUUGGGAUCGCUCUCUGUUGCUGCUUACCAUGCAUCAUAGCUAUACUUUAUGCUGUUGCAGGACAGGAAGGUGCAUCUGAAGCAGAUCUUAGCAUCCUCCCAAAAUACAGAUUUCAGAUGAUGGUCAAUGAGGAAAAGCCCACUGUUGGGGCAGGGAAAAUGGUCCCCAUUGAAACUAGCAGUGGAUACUUGGCAAAUGAACGUAUUCUCUUACCUGAGGAUGCUGAAUGCUGUAUAUGUCUCUGCCCGUAUGAGGAUGGAGCAGAGCUCCAUACACUCCCUUGCAACCAUCAUUUCCACUCAACAUGUAUCGUGAAAUGGCUGAAGAUGAAUGCUACAUGCCCCCUCUGCAAAUACAACAUUCUGAAAGGAAAUGAGCAAGUCUGAUGAAAGGGAAUACGAAAGUCUAAAAGCUGGCUCACCUGCCUGCUUUUUGUUCAUCUUUAUGUACAGAAGAAAUCAGGGCAACUUAAAAGAAGCUUCUCCAAAUUCUUGUGAAAAAUACAGUUUAUGGCAUUAGUACAUAGAGCUGCAAUUUGUCCUUUUCCGGCCUUUGGGGUUGUGUUGAUUCUUCCUUUUUUUUUAGUUUGAGACUCGCAAUAGAAAAUGGAGUCAAUAGUUUGCAAGCUUUCUGCUUGUGCUUGCUGAAUUGUUUUGUAUGAUUUAUUUGUUUUUAUAUCGCCUGCGAAGUAUACAAUACAUGGUGCAUCAUCACUUGUUUUUUGGUAUAUAAUGUAAUUGUAAUAACAAUAUUUUAAGCUGACUGGCAAUGCAUUAUGCAUUUGUAUUGUUUCUUUCACUUCUUCAGGUAAAAGGAAAAGGAAGAACCUGGAAUUGAAUAAUCA